AUGGAGCAACGGCGGACGCCUCAGCCUCGUCGCGACCAAACUCAGGCCCCAUUUCAUCACUACCUGCCGCGCUUUGUCUUGCGUCGAUGGUUGCAAGAGGUUAGGACAGUGACCAGUCCAGACCGGGAGUCCAAGGGCGGUCGCAAGAAGGGUCGCCAGGGAGAGUACAAACAAGAACUCAUUGAUACCUAUGACAUCAAGUCUGACACCCUUCACAUGGGCACGACCGAUCUCGGCAAGACGUUCGGUAUCUCCGACAUGUACAAGGACGUUACAGACUCGACCGACGCGUAUCGCGUCGAAAAGGCCUUCUCUAAGCUCGAGAGCGAUACCGCGCGCGUCUUCAAGGUCUUGGACGAGGCCGAGAAGCAGGGACGCUCCACGAUAGAGCUCGUACGCUCUCAGCUCAAUACCCUCCGGAAGUUCCUCUUCCUCAUCCACUACCGCAACAGCGUACAGGCCCGCCAAUUCAACAAGGACCACUUCGACCCGAUGACGGCGAAGAUGGUAGAGGGAUACAGGAUCAAACACGGCCUGGCCGGCUCGCGUGCGGUAUGGCUUCGCAACCUCGCUUUGCUCCUCGAAGAUGAGCACUGGGAGGUGGCAAGCGAUGAACGCCUCUUGUUCACCGCACAGAUGGACUACAAAGUCGAGGCUCAGGGAAUGCAGCUCGGGCUCUAUCGUGCACCUCCUGGUACCGAGUUCGUCAUCACUGAGAACGGGCUCGGUCUACAGGAGGGCGUCUCCUCGCUCAUGAGCAUCAUGGUCGACAUGAUAUCGCCGGGUGCCCCCAACCCUUCGUAUGUGAAGUUCACCCAGUCGUUCCCCAUCACUCCCAAGCUCGUGCUCAUUACGCGCUCGAGCCACUUGAUGAAGGAGGAAACCAUGAUACGGAACGGCGUCCCCCCAGAGGAAGCUAGGCGCCAGUGUUACGCCGGACUCCUACGCACCUCGUUCUUCGACGACCUACCACGAACGCCUCCGAGCGCUACGUAUAUACCCCCUCUUCCCCCCGGCACAUUCGACUGGACGAGACGCGGACCUGAUCAAUGGACCGCUGAAGAUCUCAAGGAGAAGGAAGACUUCCAGGUGUGCGGCUUGCUGAACGGCGUACCCGUUCUCAGCCGUCUUAAAGACAAGUUUCUGUUCGCGAUCGACGAUCUCACGGAGGACCAAGCGCAACGAGUGAACACGUUGCUGCUCACCCAUUGCAAAGAGACGGUCUCUUUUCUUACCCCCGCGUGCUGUGUGCGAGCCAUCGACGCGUUCGUCAAGGACAGGGAGUUGACGACUGAAAAGAAGGACCGAUACGCGUCGCUCAAGGCGAAGCUAUUGUCCCUGAAUCUUGAAGAGCAGCCUGUGCCUCCGUCGCCUUUACCGGCAUCCUCAUUGGCUGACGCUGCGAUGACUGAGCGUUCACCUUCCCAGCAGACACCAACUCCCCACCCUUCUAGUCCGCCCCCCGCGCCUGCAAUGGCCGUUCCGGUGCGGACGAGCCUUCCUGGCCUCAAGGGUGCAUUCAACCGAGAAGCUCGUCCCGCUAUCCCACAGGCCGUCCUCAGUGAGCCUGUACCUCCCCCCUCAGCCGUCUCUUCAGAGGAACAGAAGCAUCUCGCCGAGACGGUUACCGAGAGAUACGGCGCUCAAUUGAAGCCGCAUACACGCGAACCAGACUCGGCUUCCAAUGAGACAAUGGGCGGAGACGCAACCGAGGCGGUACAAACCAGUGUGGCAGCCCCAGUCGAUGUCGCUCCAGAAGCGGUAGCGAAUACUAGCGUCGACAACGCACCGGGCGGUGCCAUCGUCGCCUCCGUCGAAGACAGUGCGCCCGACUCUGAGGAGUCGAAGACAUCUACGGCGGCGCCGACAGACCCAGAACUGCGCAUGCCUGGAGCAUUACCGGGUAGUACUCCAACUGGAGAGGACAGAGGCGCUCAUACCAGUACCAGCCAAAGUGAUGGCGCGAGUGGAUAUGCAUAUUGGGCAGGGGGCGAACGUAGGUUCACUUAUGGGCCGGACCGCCGCCCAGGCGGCUCUAACCCACCAGAACUUGACGUCGCUCAGGCGAUCGGGCAGUUUCUUGGGGUAGUUGGGGCAGCAGCAAUUGGAGGGUUCUUCGGUUACUAG